UAGUGCAUUUUUACAAACGGUGAGACUUUGGCGCGUAAAAGAAGCUUUAAAGUAGAAAACAACUAAUUGAAAAACAAGUUCAAGCAAGAUCAGUGUCAAAAUGCAAAAACAAUUGACCUUUGUUUGCUUGCUAGCCAUUUUUCUGGGAACAACCCAAAUGGUGGCAAGUCAAAUUAUCGGUUUAGGACGGUGUCCCCGAAAUAUUAAGACUGUGGAAGACUUUGAUGCAACCAAAUAUCUGGGCACUUGGUAUGAGUACUCCAAGUAUCCCUUCAUUUUCGAAUUCGGUGCUAAAUGCGUCACUGCCGAAUAUGGCGCUAUAAAUAGCACUGAGAUUUCAGUGGUUAAUACACAAAUUUCAUCGCUCAACUCCAAGCAAUCCAUUGAUGGAAUAGCAAAAAUUGUUGGACCCGGCAAACUCGCUGUUAGCUUUAAUGGAUUAGCUGCUCUUGCCGGCGCAGCUGAUUACUGGGUUCUUGCUACCGAUUAUGAAAAUUAUGCCGUCGUUUACAGUUGCAAGAACAUAGCGCUGACACAUGCAACGUUUGUCUGGAUACUUACACGCGAGCGCGUGCCAAGUGCAGAUAUUAUCAAUGCAGCAAAGGAUGCACUAGUUAGUCAAAAUAUUUCUUUGAGCGAACUGAGCGAAACCGACCAAUCGGAUUGCUGAAGGCUUUGAUGAUGUAAAACCCCCAUCCGAAUUAUUUGGCUAUCCGGUGAUUAUUAAUGAUUAUAUAACCAACUGUAAAUAUGUAAAUACAUAAAUAUAAUAAAAUAUAGAUCAUUACAA